CGGAUUUUGCCGGUUAAAAUGUUAUCCGUAAAAGAUAUGACAGUAGAAGUUGAUCAUGUAGCAGUGUAGAUGAACUGAAGAAAAAGAAAAUGGGGCUAUUUAUCAAAUAUUUCUUACUUCUAAUCUUUCUUGUAUGUAUGUAUACAUGCAGUCUGUUGAUUUUCGCCAAAGGUUUUCUCUUGAAAAGAGUUGUUGUGGACCAAAACAGUUCUUGUAUUGUGGACUUCUCUUCAUCCACCGACCAGCACGGUAAGCAAGGAUGCUGGAUGCACAGUCGCUUCAACAAAGCCAUCAUUGUAGUAAUAGAUGCACUGAGAUUUGACUUUAUGAAAUAUGAACACACAUUAGAAAAAGAUAUUCCUUAUAAAAAUAAACUCCCAAUUAUCAAAAAUUUACUGAAGGGCAAACCCGCAAAUUCCAAAUUGUACAAAUUUAUUGCCGACCCACCGACAACAACAUUUCAAAGACUGAAAGGAUUAACAACAGGGAGUCUGCCGACAUUUGUUGAUGCUGGAGCAAAUUUUGCAAGUUCUGAGAUAAAAGAAGACAAUGUAAUUGACCAGAUGGUAAAACAAGGGAAGGUCAUCAAGUUUCUGGGAGAUGAUACCUGGAUGAGCCUGUUUCCCGGGAGAUUUCAGAAGGCGUACCCAUUUCCAUCUUUUAAUGUUAAAGAUCUUCAUACCGUUGAUAAUGGCAUCUUGAAGCAUUUAUAUAGCCAGCUGAAUAAAAAGGACUGGACAGUGACAAUCGCUCAUUUCCUUGGUGUUGAUCACUGCGGUCAUCGCUAUGGACCGGACCAUCCAGCUAUGGCGGAGAAGUUAACGCAGAUGAAUGAGGUUAUCAGCAACAUAACCAGUCGUAUGAAGGACGACACUAUCUUGUUUGUGAUGGGCGACCACGGUAUGACAGCAACUGGUGACCAUGGUGGUGACAGCAGUGAUGAGCUGGAGGCAGGAUUAUUCAUAUACAGCCCUGCACAGAUAACCUCCCCUUCCACAUCUUCUAAGACAGACAUUUAUGAGACCAUAUCCCAGACAGACUUUGUGCCCACACUGGCCCUGUUGAUGGGAGUUCCAAUUCCUUUCUCAAACUUGGGGAGAAUCAUCACCGACCUCUUUAACCACUGUCCAUGGUGGGCAACCAGUACCAGUAAACUCAAGCAGGUAUUUCAUGCUGUGAAGGCCCUGCGUCUGAAUGCUAUCCAGAUCAGUCGGUAUCUGCAAGCGUACGCCCAAGUAUCCACAGACUUCCCGAUCAAAAAGUACUAUGAGCUGGACAACAUGUUAAACACAGCAGAACACAACCUUCAGGCUCUAGUCACUGCCAUGGUGAAAUCAGGCGAGAACCAACACAUGGUUCGACAGUUAGAGGAACUCCAACAAGUGUACGACUCCUACACUUCACAGGUCAAGACUAUUUGUCAGGGUAUCUGGGCCAAGUUUGACCUCGUCUCCAUCUCCAUCGGGAUCAUUUCCUUGUUUCUUACAAUCCUAAUUAAUCUUUACUUUGUUCAGCUGUCGUUUUGGAAGAAGUUUGAAGUACCAAGCACAGUGAUCGUUGUCAUUCUGUUCUGUAUGGUGUACAUCGUGUAUGCAGCCUUUCACUGCUUCUUCGUGGGAGAGACCCUCAGUUCAUUCAUGGUGUUUUUGUUGGGAUUUGUCAACAUCGUCGUACUCAUUAUCGUAAAUGUUCAGUUUUCGCCAAAAAAGCCAACAUUGAUCUCUGAUCUCAUGAUAAACGAGAAGAAAGAGAAACAUUUUCCAUGGAUGACAUUUAUUUGUAAUGCUGUUGUGUGCCUCAUCUGUUUUGUUUCAUUUUUCAGCAACAGUUUUGUUGUUUAUGAAGAUGCAAUACUUCUUUUCCUUGCUCAAACUUUGAUAGUAAUUUACUGUAUUAAAGUCAUAUCUCGAACUUUAAAAAAGCAUGACACCGGUCCAAAUGAUUCAAAACAGAAACAUAAAAAACAAAAACCGUUCGACAUCAUGUUGAUAUUAACUCAUCCAGGUAUGUUGGCGAUUGCUAUUACAACUGUUAUUUGUGCAUGCCUUCGACUGGCCAUGAACUUUAAGGCCUGUAGGGAAGAACAACAUACCUGUGAGUUGUCUUUGUUCUUGCGUCCACUCUCUGGCCUUGUAGACAAUUUAGAACAUCUGCGUAACAUACGAUAUUUUUUCAGUGUUGGGUGCCUAGUUUUGACUGUAUUUCUUACCAGGAAGCUUCUCUUCCAAUUCGGUAACCUCAAUGGAUUGUCUGGAAGUGUUGUGUGUAUCCGAUACUUGCUGCCUGUAAGUACAUGCUGCUGCGGCCUACAUUGGGCGCUGUAUGCCCUGCCACAGAAAGUCCUGGACUCCCUCCCUGUGUGGCAGCAGACUUUCCUGCCUAAGUCUGUGUACAUCAUCACUGGGAUAUCUCUAGUCACCGUUGUGAUCAAACCGCUGACCAUCCACAUGAUUCAACAAAACAAGAAUUCAUACAACAUCCAAAACAGAGAUGGUAACAUCAUUCCUCAGCUCUACAACAAGGUCAGACAGAAUCUUCACCACAAGAGGAGCACACCGAUGGUGUACGGCUUGGCCACCGUGUUCUCAGCCUCCAUCAUUGGCCUGGCUGCCAUAGUUACCGUUCUACUGACCAUGUUGCUAGGGGAUGGAGUGGCCCCAAGCAUGUUCUUACUUACACUGACCACGUUCUUUGCCCUGGAGUUGUAUACAGCAUACCUGGUCACCUCUACAAAGGAGGUUCAAAAUGCGACAUGGGAUUUGGUAGGUGCAGUGGUGUUCCAUACCAUCUUAUCCAGUUUCUAUUUCUACACAAGUGGACACCAGGCCACUGUCCCCGCCAUCAGGUUUGAGGCAGCCUUUGUUGGCUUCCAUGGAGACUUCCAGAACUACGCCCUCCCUGCUGCUCUGAUAUAUCUCAACACCUUCGCUGCACAUGUCCUUCUCGGGGUCCUUGCACCACUGUGGGUGUUCUGGCCAAUGGUCAAGAGUACCUUCACUGCCCUGAUGACCAAUGUGGAGGUGGACAGAACAUCCAAGGGAGACUUUGCUUUGUUUGAAGAUGAGGAUUUGUUAAAGAAGAGGAUGUUUCAACUGUUUUCAUGUCUAACACUUCUAAGUGGUGUCAAGGUACUGGGAGCAGUGUGUGCGGCAGGACUUCAUCGCAGACAUCUGAUGGUGUGGAAGAUUUUUGCUCCUCGUUUUGUGUUCGAGGCUGUGUCCUGUUUCACAGUGUUGGGAAUGUGCUUAUUCAUGUUCCUAUUUAUUAUGAGACUCAAUCAAACCCUCACAUCUUGGUUAAAAGUCCUGGAAUCUAAACAGAACAAAGACUAAGUCUAUUCAGCAUCCAUUAGUGUUCUACAGAUAGAUCGGACUGCAGGGAUAUCCAACUUGAGACUCAAGUUAAACAUUUGAACAAUAUACUCAUGUCGAUCUGGAAAAUCAAUUCAACUUGGAUGUUCUGUCAUGUCAUAGAUAUUAACAUUAUUGUGAUGUCAUAAAUAAAUGACAUUGUGACGAUGUCACAUGCUUGUUUUGGUGGUGGAAAACUUUUUAAAACUGUUUGAAUCAAAAUCAGCCAGUCUUGUGGAAAAUAAAUUUUAGAGUUUUUCACUUCUCAUAAAUAUGAGUCAUGUGAGGUCAAUCUAUCUUACACAUGAGUCAAUGUACGGAAUUUAUUAGAUGUGUUAAAUAAUUUACUAUUUCACUUGCCUGAAGUGUCGUGACAUAUCAAAAUUAUGGAACAUGCUUAAUAGAUUAUAUACUUAUACAUUGACUUGUGUAAGGUUAUCAGUUUCCAUGACCAGUCGCUAUAUAUUCAAACAGUGAAGCUUAUUGAAUAAUCUGGUGCUAUUCAAUGGAGUUAUAUGCAGUUUCUGUAAAUUGUAUACAUUUGUAUGUUGUAUUUUGAUGCUAAUUUCAAGCUAUGUAAUUCAAAUUCAUUUUUAGACAUCCCUCAAAGAGUCUGAAAUAUUAGAAAGACAUUGUUGUGCUUAAGGAAAAUAAUUGACCAAUUAUUUGUAUUAAAAUAUUUUUAUAUUUUGA